AUGAGUCCAAUAAUGCAACAAUCAACAGAUGUUGUCAAUUUCCAUGACCUAUACACAUUUGAUUGUGAUGAUAAUCCAAUAUAUUUCCAUUCAUUUAUUGGGAAAAUAGUGCUGGUCGCCAAUGUUGCUACACAAUGUGCCUCUGCUUAUCAACUUCGACAACUAGAAGCCCUAUAUCAAAAAUAUAAAGAUAGAGACUUUGUGGUGUUAGCAUUCCCUUCUAAUCAGUUUCAUCAAGAAAAGAGAGGAACCAAUCAAGAAGUUGCUGACAAUUGUCGAAAAAGGUUUGACGUAUCAUUCCCAAUAAUGGAGAAAGUUAAAGUGAAUGGAAAGAACCAAAGUGAAGUAUUUAGGUUUUUGAAAGAGAAUAAGCAUGGGUUUUUGAAUACAAAACGUGUUAAAUGGAACUUUGAGAAAUUCCUAGUCGAUAGAGAUGGUACUAUUUUGAAGAGAUAUUCAACACAAAGAUUUGCUUGA